AUGACUCCGAAUAUCUUCAAACCUGCAGAGGACUUUGCGCAUGAUGCGUUGAUUGAUUCGUACGCUCGUCUGUCUAUCCAGUCCGCCAUGUUCGGCCACGUUCCUGCGAAUAUGUGUGCCGUGUUUCGAGACCCGAAGACCAACGCGCUUCCAUAUAGCUUUGACUCGGUAUCAGAGGCGCGUCAAACACUUGACGAUCUCCUGAACAGGAAUCAUUGCCUGAAGCGGCACUCCGAUACUGUGAGAGAGAAAGAGAUCAAAGGCGACAGGAGGGAAGUGGCCAAUACCCAAAAAGCAAUUCUAGAGGACCUCACCCUCUGGCGUAAAGCCUUUGAUAAUUCUCUACCUCGCUUUGUGAACAAAGGAAGAUCUGGAAAAUUCGGACACCAGUUACUGGUCGUAAACUUCGAAAUGGCUAUGAUCAUGGCAGCGACUUGUCUCUCAAAAGACGAAAUGAUAUUCGACCAGUAUACAGAAAGAAUUUUGACCAUUGUGACCACAUUCGUGAACAUGUGGAAUUUUUUCGCAACCCUCGAUAUCAAAAUCAAAGAUCUGAGGAAAACUUUGGAUGAUCCGACCCAAGCUUGUGCUGGGAAUGGAUUCACCGCUGAAUGUGGCUUUAUACCGCCAAUAUACUAUACGACGCUCAAGUGCCGCGAUCCUAGGAUUCGGCGGCAAUCUAUUGUGAUUGUGAUAUUGCGUUCAGUUCCACAUAGAGAGGGUGUUUGGAAUGGCCUAUUGUUGGCAGACGUCGCGGAGCAAGUGAUGUGGAUGGAAGAGGACGGUGUUUAUGAUGGCGAUCCAACAGUAGAUGACCGGAUUGCAGUUCAAGAUCCACCUGCGAGAGAUUUGCCGCUGCCAGAAAUCAAGAGAUCAAUGCGAGUUUCUGACGUGGGUGUUGUCCUUGCGGAUAUGGUUGACGGGCAUACUUUUGUGACAUAUAAGAAGCUUCAAGGAGGGCACUGGAAGCAUUUCUCACGAGUUCUACAGCCUUGUUGGCUGAGCAAAGGCAGCCCUUCAGGCAGUUUCUCAUCUACGGGCCUGCCACUAUCACCAGCUUCUUGA